CUGGAGUAACAUUAGAGAAUCACUAUCAUGUUCUUUAUUAAUUAAUAAAAUCUUAUGUGUUUAUACCAGGGGUCAUUUGCUAGAAAGCCGGAUAGCUUAAUCCUAGGCUGACGGAAAACGUCAAAGCUAUCUUCUCCACAGAUUGUUUGUAGACAUGAAAAUAUUUUUCCAGGAAUCUUGUCUGGAUCAAUAAAUAUUUUAUUUUCUAAAGGUUUGAAACCAAAUGAACAACUGGCCCCAGGUCUUUUAAGUCUUGGUAAUAAUAUGUGCCUGAUCAUUUAAAUAAAAAAACACUUUUUGGUAAAUUAUACAGUAUAUUGGGUCAUUCCAGAAAACAUCCAUACCACCCCCCACAGAGGAAAUAGGAAGUUAACGCCCCUACCCCCUUCGGAUGUCCUAAUACAUUUACUAUUAUCCGAAACAAUUUUUUCUCCCCUCCCCCUCUGGAUGGCAAAAAUUUCCUCCGCGGGGGGAGUAUGGAUCUUUUCUUGAACGACCCAUUAGGCUGCUCUGACGUAGUUGGAAUGUUUUUACUAUUGCAGGAAAAUGGUGAAAAACCAGACAGCAUGACACAUAAAGAUGCCAUGAUGUUUCCACUUGUUGCAAGUUGUGCCCUGUUAGGACUUUACAUUGUUUUUAAGGUAUCAUUGAAUAUCUUUAUAUGACAUAUUUAUCUUUUAGUUAGUUAAAAUAUUUCUAUUCUUGGGUUUCAAUCGGGGGCAGUCAAGCCAGUCAUUGAACUGAUGUCAACUAAAACAACAAAGAAACAAAAUGGCUGUCAAUGCAUCCUAUGUAAAUGAGUUCUCCGACUAUUAUCUAAGCUAGUAUAAAUUAUCUAAGAGCGACGAGCGGUCCUUUACCCUUGACACAGACCCUUGAACCCCAUAUGAAACCCAAGAAUUAAUUGAAGUUGUUUGUAAUAAGAUAUCAGAAAUCAAUAUGAUAAUUAAGUGUUAACCCAAUGUGCCCUGGUGCAACCUGUUUUUAAUUGUUACUUUAUACUCUCACUGUCUACACAAUGUUUGUGGAUAAUAACAUAUCACACAGUUUAUUACACAAAUUAUACAGUUAAGUUUUAAACAUAUAUAUGCUGAACAUUGUAUCUUACUUUUUUACAGCUUUUUAACAAAGAGUAUUUAAAUCUUCUAUUGGCUCUAUAUUUCUUUGUCUUGGGUGUUUUAGCCUUAACACAUUUGUUAAAGUAAGUAUUAGAUUACUUGUUAUAAGUUCUUUGUAACUUGCUUGGCAUUUAUAAAAAUGUAAAUUAUAGUUUGUUUUGUACACAUGGUAACCAUUGCAUUUAUUUAACCAUAUAUAAAGGCUAGUUGUUGGACUGGUUGUUUGAAAACCAAUAAGCUGGAUUAGUGUUUUUAUUGAGGCCCACCAAGGGUGCAACCUAGGUAGCUUGUCACUAAUUUUGUAGCUGCUUUGUCGCUUGUUUUAUUGUAAUAAAUAUUGCUGUCACUUCUGAUCCAUAACACAAAUCGCAGUUUGUCGCUUUUCCCAGUCAGAAGCUGUCGUUUGUCGCGCUUUUUUAGAUAGUCUGUCGCCUGUUUUUAAGGAAUGUUGCCUGUCGGUCAUAACCCCUUGGUGGGCCUCUUUAUUCCAAAACGUCAGAGACGAAAACUCCUACUGAUCCAGACAAGAUUUCUAAAGAAAUAUUUCCAAAUUUAUAAACAAGCUGUUUGCUUUGAAUUUUAGGUUAACCUAGGUUAAGCUUAUUGGUUUUUCAACAACCACUCCAUAGUGCAAACCAAAUAAUAAAAUCAGUGCAAAUAAAAUUGUACUUUGGUGCUUAAUUAUUGGUCAAACUAAUUUCCAAGUACUGGCUGCUAAGCUUAUGAAAAUUUAGUACAAAAUAAUUUAAAAACACAAUGGCAUCAGAAUUAUCUACCAUUUAAUUAAAUAUUUGAAAUUAUCUCUCUCUGUCAGACCUAAUGUGGCACCACUACUAUCAACAUUUGUUCCCAAUGUACCAUACAAGUUGACCUGCACUGAAGGCACUGGAGACAAGAAAACUGGUAAUAGAUCGUUGGAUGUUUUCAUUUGCUUUUUUACAGUUGAACUCUCAUUAUAAACACCUACUUAUAAUCACCUCUCUAAAACAAAGUUUUGUGCAAUUUUGUGCACACCUCUUUAAAAUCAGACACCUCUCUAAUACAGACAUCUCUCUAAUACAGACACCUCUCUAACACAGACAUCUUUCUAAUACAGACAUUUUUUUUCUUCUUUUUUAUUAUUAAAUCAUUAUUAUUAAAUUCAGUAAUACAGACAUCUCUCUCAUACAAGCACCUCUCUAAUACAAGCACCUCUCUAAUAUGAACACCUCUCUAAUAUGGACACCCCUCUAAUAUGGACACCUCUCUAAUAUGGACACCUCUCUAAUACAGACACCUCUCUAAUAUGGACACCUCUCUAAUACAGACAUCUCUUUAAUAUGGACACCUCUCUAAUACAGACACCUCUCUAAUAUGGGCAUCUCUCUAAUAUGGACACCUCUCUAAUAUGAACACCUCUCUAAUAUGAACACCUCUCUAAUAUGAACACCUCUCUAAUAUGAACACCUCUCUAAUAUGAACACCUCUCUAAUAUGAACACCUCUCUAAUAUGAACACCUCUCUAUAUGAGCACCUCCCUAAUACAGACACCUUUCAAAUACAGACGCCUCUCUAAUACAGACGCCUCUCUAAUACAGACAUCUCUAUAAUAUGGACACCUCUCUAAUAUGAACACCUCUCUAAUAUGAACACCUCUCUAAUAUGAACAUCUCUCUAUAUGAACACCUCCCUAAUACAGACACCUCUCUAAUACAGACACCUCUCUAAUACAGACAUCUCUAUAAUAUGGACACCUCUCUAAUAUGGACACCUCCCUAAUACAGACAUCUCUCUGAUAUAGACACCUCUCUAAUAUGAACACCUCUCUCCAAUACAGGCAUCUCUCUGAUACAGACACCUCUCUAAUAAAGAUACCUCUCUAAUAUGGACAUCUCACUGAUACAAACACAUCUCUUAUAUGAACACCUUAAGUUUCUAAUAUGGACACCUCUCUAAUACAGACUCCUCACUCAUACAGCCACAACUCUAAUUCACACACCUCUCUAAUAUACACACCUCUAGCUGUAUUACAGAAUAUUCCAUAUCCGGCUAGAUUGUUACUAUUAUAAACCAGCCAGAUAAUUUGUUUUUCCUGAAGUGUACUAAAUUUCCAUUAAUUGAAAGAUAAUAAAUAAUAAAAAAUAGACGUCAAUACAACAAAACGACAAUCUGAUUUAUUUACUAUUUAAUUAAAUGUUGGUUAUAGAAAUAAUGGACUAUGAAUUUGAUUGUAUUGAUCUUAUAUGUGUUUCUGUCUCAACUAUAUUUGGAAUUUGGUACCUUGUUAAGAAGGUACGUGUAGUUCUGAUGUAAUUUUUACUAAAGCUGUAUAAUAUUAUAAAUUCAAUUGUUUAUUUUUUAUCAAUCUUCUUGGUGUAAGUUGAUUUGGUGUGUUUAAUUUCAGCACUGGAUUGCCAACAAUGUGCUAGGGUUGGCUUUUGCUGUCAAUGGCGUAGAACUCCUUCAACUAAACAGGUACGUGAUUUAGACGCAGAAUGACCCCAUGCGAACUGGGUAAUUUAAUUAUCUGUACUGUCAUUUUUUAGUGUGAUAACUGGAUGUAUAUUACUUGGUGGUUUAUUUAUUUAUGAUAUUUUUUGGGUAAGUCUCUAUAUAUAAAGAUUAUAAUUUGCUUAGACCCCUUUUAGAUAAGAAUCUGCUCAGGCUAGAAUUUCAAAUCAGAUUAUUAUAUCAAAUUAGAGCUGUGCGGUUAACGGAAAAAUUCGGUUCUUCCGGUACUUUUUUAGCACCGAAACAUUAUACGCAAAAGUACCGGUAGUUUCGGUUUUAAUUUCCCGUUUAACGCCCGCCAAACGCCCACCUGAUUGCAGGUUGAAAUGUUUGGAAAAUAACAAGAUUGUGCUCUGUGCACAAUAUGCACUGUACUAAGUGCUCAAAUAGUUGAUAUUUUAGUUGUGAUAGUUAUUGCAUGUUGUGCUCUUGCUUUAAAUUUUUUUAAAAAGAAAUAUUUUAUGUUCAUAAAUAAAUUCCAAUUGUAUGUUCUUUUAAAUAUUCAGAGAUUUAUAAUACAAACUUACAAAGGCAUAAAAAAUUCAUCUAUUUAGUAAAAAUGGUAGAAACGUACAUAAAUGAGUUCAUACAUUUGUACUGUUCUUCUUUCUUGAAAAUAACCGAAACCGAACCGAACCGAGGUUUUUCUGUUCCAAAAAUCCGGAACUGGAACCGAGAUAAAAUUUUUGGAACCGCACAGCUCUAUAACAAAUAGAGUCAAAAUUAAUUAAGUCAUAAGUUACAAUCAGUGCAUAUAUAGAGUUGGUAUAGUGCAUAUACUGUCAUUUUUUUAUCACAAUAUAUUAUAUAAAUCAUAUAGAACCUAUUUAAUAACCUGUUUACUAGCCUGAUUCUCUGGUAAGCACUAUUGGCUAAUAAUGGUCGGCCAGGUUUCCAAUAUUUACAUUGAUUUGACCAUUCAUGACGGAAAGUUCCCGGUCCCUAUUGUUUUCAAAUUUUCUUCAUGUCUGGUACCAUAAGCGUUUGUUGCCCAUCACGGGAAACCAAGAAAAUGUUUUGUGUUCUUUUUUUCUUGCAUACUUUUUGAACAGUACUUAAUUGAAGUGAAACCUGCGUGUUUUAUCUGAUCGGUCAAAUUGGAUAGAUGAUUGCCACCUGUUAUAAUCCACAGUCUACACUGACUACAAUUUUUUUUUUAGGUAUUUGGUACAGAUGUUAUGGUUACUGUUGCAAAAUCCUUCGAAGCUCCGAUCAAAUGUAAGUUGAGAACUAUGGCGCUAGUUCUUAUUAAAACUGUUGACUUGUACUACUUCUUAAUAACUGGUUGCCAUUAACACUAACUGCCUGAAACUUUUAUUCAGUAAUCUUUCCCAUGGAUAUUUUGGAACGAGGUUUGGCAGCGAAAAAUUUUGCCAUGCUUGGAUUAGGUGAUAUUGUUAUUCCAGGUACACAAAAACUUCUUUGUUUAAUUUAAAUCAUGUUUCUUUAUAAAGUACAUUUGAUUACUGUAGUUACAAUUACAUUUCAUAAAUUUGAUGUAAUUUUUCUUUUCAGGCAUUUUUAUUGCUCUGCUAUUAAGAUUUGACAGAAGGUGAAGUUUUAUCAUGCAUUUUAUAUAUUAAAUUAUAAUUUAACUGUACAUAUUUUACACAAAUAUUAUAAUAAUAUUUCUUUUGUAUUUUCAUUUAAUCUCAGGCAUGUUGGCAAUGAUUCUAAGCGUCCCAUAUAUUUCUACUUGACAAUGGUGGCAUAUUUUCUUGGACUGGUAUUAACAGUUUUAGUAAUGCAUGUUUUCAAGGCGGCACAGCCUGCAUUGCUGUACCUUGUGCCUGCUUGCCUUGGUGCUCCAGUUCUUCUCGCUUUGGUCAAAGGCGAAAUAAAAAAUCUCUUUACGUAAGUAAUUUUAUCACUUUAUGAAAAUGGAUGCGAGAGAAUGAUGACUGAAAACCGCGGGAUCAGUAAAAUUGUCUCAUCUCAGCUUGCCGGAAUGUAGUCGGCCUUUACAAAAUCUUCAUUUGACUGUAUCAAUAUUUCAUUUGACUGUAUCAUAUAAAUCAUAAUACCUUGAAAAUGGCUAUAAAAUGACACACGAUGCAUGUCUUCCAAUCAUAUAAGAUUUUACACAAUCUUUCUUGCAACGGCCAAUAGACAAGAAUUAUAAUUCUAUUUCUAUUUUAUUUAAUCCAGAUAUCAAGACCAUACUGAAGACGCGUUGAAUAAUAAAAAAACCGAUGGCGCGUCCGGUGAAAACACGAGCAAGGAAAACGAAAACAAGGAAAGCGAAAACAAGGAAAAUGAAAACAAGGAAAAUGAAAACAAGGAGUCGGUAGAAAGUGAUGAAACUAAGAAGUCCAUGUAAAUAAUGUAACUUCAAACAUAGAAAAUGAACAUGGUUUUAUAUAGGAAGGCCAUACAGCGUACUUCAAAGCUGUACAGUGGGUUUUUCGAUCAACUUCGAAUGUAUUGACAGCUACACAUGAGAGUGUGAAAAUGAUAUAGGUAAAUAUCAAGAUUUUGUUGGCAUCCCACUCGAUUCAAUAGUUGAAAGGCUGUAAUUGUUGAUGGAAGAUAGGGAGCUUCAGCAUGUAGGACGGCAACACGACGACGACGGCCAAAACAAGUUCCUUCAAAUAAAUGAUAGUAAAGAAAACUUGUCGUAUAUUAUAAUUUGUAUGAAUUUAAUACAGUAUAAGAAGUUGAAAAUAUUGGCUUUAAGUAGUAUUUAAAACACGAGAAGGAGUGUUUUAUCAUAUUUAGUUUUAGAUAUGAUAAAACGCGCGUUCGAGUGUUUUGAAUAGCUUAAAAUACGACUACAAAAGAAUACUAAUUAAGAUGAACAAUUAUAUAAUCAUACUAAUUAGGAUGAACAAUUAUAUAAAGAAUACUAUAAUGAAGAUGAGUUUUAUCAAAAUAUAAAGUCACUCCACGUGACAUUUUAUGGCUGACAUGAUUUGCCACAAGGUUUAUGAAUUUUUAAUGAUAUUUCAAGUUUGGGAAGAGUUGCACUGAACCACAUUUUAAGUUGCACUUGUUACGGCUUGAAAUGCAGGCGUUGUAUAAAAGCGUGAAAAUCUGUGAUUUGCCGUUGUAAACAGAGCGACGACUACGUAUGAAACUCCCCUGGGACUUUAAUUAUUUAUUUCUUUUCAUUGACUCAUUGUAUUAGUUGCCGUCGUCGUCCUGUUGCCGUCCUACAUGCUUAAGCUCCCUAUUGCACCCUUCGCACCCUCCAACAACACAGCAACUUCAAGCGUGUUGGCACGUAAUAUAUGGGAGUGAGAAAACGAUGCCAAAUGUUUCCGUUGCAAGGUCAAUAAAUAUUGUGAACAAUUUAAUCCCUCUCAAUUCUAUUUAUUAGAGACCUUACGAUUUUAGGACGGCAACGCGACGGCAACGGCUACCAAUACAAUAGAUCAUUGAAAAGAAUUGAGUAAUUACAAUAAAUGAAUAAUUUAGACAUUGUCCUCGCUCUGUUUACAACGCCAAAUCACAUAUUUUCACGUGUUGAUACAACGGCUGCAUUCCAAGCCACAACAAGUGCAACUUCAAACUGGGUUUAGCAGAACUCUUCCCCGAACCAUAAAACCCAUGUCUUCAACUUCUAAGACUGUAUUAAAUUCAUACGAUUGAUAAUAUACGACGAACUAUCGACUACCAUUUAUUUGAAGGAGUUUGUUUUGGCCGUCGCGGUUGCCGUCCUAAAAUCGUAAGGUCUCUAUUUACCCCCAUGCGGUACUUAUACCUUCAUUAAAUGAAAAGAAUGUUAAUUCUAUUAGAUAUAGAAUAUAUUAUGUGUUUAAAGAUUUGAAUCCAGGAAUAAUAUAUCUAAUACGCCCUUUUGAUAAUUACGUCAUUUGGCCUGGGAGCCUCGCUCUCAUGAACCGUGAGCCAAUCAUCUUGCGUACUUUACUAAUGAGAGCGAGGCUCCAGGACCAAAAAGUAUGUGUGACGUAAUUGUCGAAAGGGUGUAUUGUGAAAGUUCUCCGGAUUGCUUAAUGAAACGUAUCUAUACGACUUUUCCACUUUCCAAACCAUGUUUAUUUUCUAUAUUAACUUCAAAACUAUAGAUGUAUUAUCUUAUAAGGAAAAUGUAUUUUAGUCAAUAUUGCGCCUGGUUAUGUUGGGCUUUACUUUGGAAUUUAGAAAUAUUUGCUAUUGAAUUAUUUGUUAGCUCAGUGAGAUUGGAAUUCGUCUAUUCGUCUGAAUGUAUUUUGUCACGAGAGAGAGGAAUCGAAUGGAAUCCCAGAAACGCUCGUAAAUAUGUCCUAUUUACCUUCUAUGCAAUUUCCAUCACUGUCCGUCCUGUUUGGCACAUCAAAAAACGUUAUAGACUUUUGCAUGAAAAUUUCAGCGAUUUUUACUGUAUUUCUUUCGAAUAUUACAAAGUGUUUUCCAGAUAUCAAGAAAAUUAAGGUCUAUUAGUAUUCACUUACUAUUUAUAUGAAGAUGCUAUCAGUUCAAAUUCAAUUAUAAAGCGUUCAUUUUGUUGUUUUGCAACUACUAUUAUAAUAUCAUUUCAGUUAUAAAGCGUUCUUUUAGUUGUUUUGCAACUUGGCCUUUCUAUUUCCAUACAAAAAAAAAUACACUUCCAUAUGGGAUGUUCCGUUGUUGUUAUGAUCAGUAUAAUCAUAAAGAUCUUCGCUGUACCAUAUUCUGAUUUUCCUGCCUCCUUCGAAAUACUGCGGCGCGCAGAAGUCACUAAAGACCAGGUAAGGAGAUGUACUGUUGUAUCCGGGCAUUCGAUACAAACCAUGCCAGGUCAAUUGAGUUACGAAGGGGGAAGGAUAGAUGAUCCUAUUUUCAACAUCUGUGAUGACGGUCGCGAGAACUUGGGAUUCAUUCACUAACCCCCAGUAGGAGUUUGUGAGUCCCUUCCGGUUGGACAUAUAACCUUUGGUGUGCACGAGUUUCACGGCACCAACAAAAGAGCUUGGACCUUUAUACACCAAUUCAUGAUAGCUGUUGUCCUUGGCACCCACUGCAGCCUGGCCAACGUGAAGCCAGUCGCCUAUAAUAGACAGGCUCGGUUUAGA